AAAAAAAGUCAAUGGAUUAUUUAAGCAAUUGACUAUUAACUCUUUUACUUCAGACUGUAUUGUUCCCCUGAUAAAACAGUUGCAGAAGCAAUUUCAUUAUUGAAAAAUCUUUUGGUAUUCCUGUGAUUGAUCAAUGCAAGUUAGUCAGAGUUUUAAUUAACAGAGAUAUAAGGUUUGUUGAUGGUUAAAAAAAUCAGAAAAAAGUAUAAAAGUCCCCGAGGUAAUGACGAAAGAGAAGUUAGUUACAAUACGGGAGCGCUUCAUGAGAAUAGAAUAGAAAAGCUUUUGGUCAUAGAUGAAAACACCUACUCUAUAGAUUUGAUCACAGUUAAAGAUAUUAAGAAAUACAAUAGAUACCCUAAUUCAUGUAAUGAUACUUAAGGGCGGCUCAGAGUUGCCGCUGCAGUUGGUACUGGUAAAAAGGGUGGUAUAGAAAGAUGUGAAACUAUGGUCAGAGAAGAGAUUGACGUAAUUAAUGUUGAUGCAGGUGUUGAUGCAAUGAAGAUUAGAAUAGAACCUAGAUCAACAUGCACAACA